UUAUUUAUUCGUUAAUUUUUUUUUUGUGAUAAAACCAAAUAUAAUUGGCAAUAAAUUUUUGUCAAUAUUAUCUGUCCACAUUUGACGCUAAAAAUCUGCGUCCAGCGUCAGCAUGAAAUUGCACCUCAAGAUAUUUGAAACACAUAAUUGCUUGGACCACAGCCGCCAAAGGGCUCGAGGGGGCUAGUCGAGAGAACGAGAAUAAUUGAAAUCGAAUCAAGUCGACAUUAACGCUGUCAUCUGUGUUGUGGUGAAAAGAAUUUGGUUUAUUUUCUAGACAAAAAUAAUAAUAGAAAAUUCAAGACAAUAUAAAUUUUCCACAAUAUCAUAGGAGUUGGCAAAUUUACAGAUUAUUGCAAUGACUUUGGAUGGGCUGCCGAAUGAACAAGUGAUAUUUGUGACUGGAGGGUAUGACCAUGCCAUUAAAAUAUGGCAAGCUCAUACCGGAGUAUGUCAACGGACCGCACAGCACACCGACUCUCAAGUAAAUGCCCUGGAUAUAACGCCGGACAAACACUUAGUUGCUGCUGCUGGAUAUCAGCAUAUUCGUAUGUACGACUUGGGAUCUAGCAAUCCCAAUCCUGUCAUCAAUUAUGAUGGUGUUUCCAAAAAUGUAACCGGGCUCGGCUUUCAGGAAGAUGGAAAAUGGAUGUAUACUGGCGGAGAAGAUUGUUCUGCAAAAAUUUGGGAUCUCAGGUCUAGAGAUCUACAAUGUCAAAGAAUCUUUCAAGUGUCUGCACCGGUAAAUUGUGUAUGUCUCCAUCCUAAUCAAGCAGAAUUAAUAGUCGGUGAUCAGAGUGGCGUGAUACAUUUAUGGGAUCUUCGCUCCGAUCAUAACGAGCAAUUGAUACCAGAGGCAGAGGCAUCUAUUCAGGAUAUAGCGAUAGAUCCGGAAGGGACUCAUAUGGCUGCCGUUAAUAAUAAGGGAAGUUGUUAUAUAUGGGCACUAACAGGUGGUGUAGGAGAAGAACCGACUAGAUUAAAUCCCAGAAAAAAGCUGGACACGCAUAAGCGUUACGCACUCAGGUGUCGAUUCAGUCCCGACUCUUCGCUUCUAGUCACAACAUCCGCCGAUCAGACAGCUAGAGUAUGGGAGACUACAGACUUCACAGAAACACAAGUUUUGAAACACGAAGCAAAAAGAUGGGUGUGGGACGCAGCAUUCAGCGCAGAUUCUCAGUACAUAUUCACAGCAUCCUCGGAUGGCGUUGCCAGAUUAUGGAAUGUGUCAACCGGAGCUGUCGAACGUGAGUACCAAGGCCAUCAGAAGGCUAUCACAGCGCUGGCAUUUCGAGAUCAAGUUCGUCCAUCCUCGUAAAUCAACGGUUACAAAGUAUAUCGCUUAAACUUCAUUGUUAUUAUAUUAUUCAUAUUUAUACAUACACAGAGAGAUUAAACAUUACGGCAAUCUA